CUUGUUACUAGGAUGGCCUUCCAGUUGCCACGGCGUUGAGUGUAACGACCAUGGGCUGGCAGCAUGCUGGCCUAGAGGGAGGGUCUGAUUACCAAGGGCCCUGGCGAUGGUGGGGUGCCGCAUCUCUGCUCAUCUCUUCACUUGCCAGGCACUUCCGUUUCAGCACCUUCGGGCCCAAGUCUGGGUGGCCUGGCUUCUGUCCAGUGAGGGUUUCCCCAGCUCUGCUCAGAGCUUCCACGUGCCCCCUGGGAGGACCGGGAAGGGAGGGGUGUGCCUUGUCCCCAGUGGCUACUUUGUCUACGGAAUUCACAGCACGGAGGCCACAGCAUGGGCCCACUGGGUGCCAGGCCAGAGCUGCCCGGGGCCACCUCCCACUUUGUCUUGUUGCCUGUGUCCCCUGUGUCUUCCUGUCCUGCCCACUCUCUUCAGAUCUCUCUCUCAGAGCUUUCCACCCCUCCCCUUCCCCUGUGCAGCUCAGAGGGGCCUCAGAAGUGCCUGGGUUGUAAGAGGCCCCUUCCUGCCAUCCCCUCCCCAGCACCCUGCACUCCCUGCCCUCUCUCCCCCUCCUAGAAGUUAUGUCCCCAUUCCCCUGCACUUCUUCGAGCCCACGCUCCUCUCAUGUCAGGCACUCUGAACCUUUGUCCUUUCUCCCUCCAUCUUUGUCUCCACCGAGGCCCUGCUGUACCUGCUUAAGGGCCCAGCUGGUGUGCACCCCCUCCCCGUGCCCCAGCCUCUGGCCUGCCUCCUGGCCCCCUACGUGGCCUGCAGCCUCCUCAUACAAUGGGUAGACCGGCUGCCCCUGGCGUGCCCUGGGGCCUGGUGCACGGUAGGUUUGAGGUCUAAGCUCACUUUCGGUGUCUGUGGCCGAGGGUCACUAUGUGCGUGCCUUACCUGUGUUGCAGGGGUUAGUGAUUCAUCGUCGGUGGGAUUUUAGGCACUGAAGCGUGUCUGUGGAGGUGAUGUUUUGGGGGGCAGUUGCUACCCAACUUGGCCUUGGCUCAGGCCCUGCUUUUUGCUGCCUUUGUGAUCUGACCCCUCCCACUCUUCCUCGGAUCUGGUGGUAGCUGCACCCCCCACUCCACGGUCUCAGGGGCGGCCCCCCUCCUCCACCCCCUCAGCACGGGGUCCACGUGGGAGGCAGGGGCGAGGGGAGGCCUCAUUUCAGGGACCUGUUUCUGGUUAUGUCACCGCAGUUUCUCCAAAUGCAAGUUACUACUUGCAUCAAGGCAGCUGUUUCCUUUGUUGAGGAAGAGAGAAUUCCUGGGCAGGGAAUUUCCUCCCUGUCCGCCCCAGAUCGAGAACAUCAGUGGUCUCACGGGGUCACCUUUGCCCAACCUGCAGUGACUGCAACGACAUCAGACAGUAGGAGGCCCCUUGAAGUGGUUCAGAAGGGUACAGGUGGCACUAACUUGAUUUCCUCUCCUCGGACCCCAGUAUGGCCUCUGAACAUGGGCUCUGCUGCUGUUCCAGCAGGGGUUUGUUGGGCCGACCUUGCCCAGGCAGCCCAGCCACCUUCGGAUCCUAGCCAUCUAGGAGAGCCCUUACCGGGGCACAGCCCCCAGUGCAGCCAGGGGGCUUGUGCUGAGGCCUUGACCGAUUUAGGGCAGAGAAGCUCCCAUCACUGCCCCAAGGGCAGAGUGCAGGAGCUGGUGAUGUUCUGAUCAACUGUGUGAAGCCGGUGGGCUGGUGGGUGUGGGACUCCCCCAGAUGAUGUCCCUCCGUGUUCUCCCUGUCACUGGGAUUCACAAAACUCCUGAGCAGACAGCCCCUAGAGAAGAGUCGUAGAAUUUUGCAAGCCAUGAGCCUGGGUCUAAAACCUGAGUCCGUACCCCCACCUCCUGCAGCCCCUUCCCUGAAAGUAAGGAGUCUUGUGAGCAAAGCGAGUUAGUCUUUGCAGAGCCAGCCGGGUGCUGGGGUCUGUUCUGCUCAUGGCUGGGACAGGCCUGAGGUGGGACAGGCCUGAGGAAGCAUAGCAUCGAGCAUUUGUUUUGCACUCUCUAGAUUUCAGUGUUGAAUGAUACGGGAAAAACAAAAUGACAAAGAUACUCUGAGGGAGAGACAGACUUGUGAUUUCUUUCCUUGUUGCAGAUGGUUGAGAUGUAAACUUUUGCUUUACGUCUCAAGACAGGCAGGUAGACAUUAGUUUGCAAAUAGCAGUGCCCCUGGGUGCCUGGGUAGUUCAGUCGGUUGGGCAUCUGACUUCGAUUCAGGUCAUGAUCUCACAGUUCACGAGUUCGAGCCCCGCAUCAGGCUCUGUGCUGACAGCUCAGAGCCUGGAGCCUGCUUCGGAUUCUGUGUUUCUGUCUGUCUCUCUGCCCCUCCCCUGCUCACGCUUGGUCUCUCUCUCUCUUUGUCAAACAUAAAAAAAAAAAAACAUUAAAAAAUUUUUUUAAAGACAAAUUGCCGUGUCCCUGUUACACUUUGAGGAAACAUUUUCAGCACUCGGUCAGCAAACACUUUUUUUGGUUGCCAGAAAUCAGUCUUGGAAGUUAGAUGGAAUGUUGUAAGCCAGCGGUUUCGUGUCCAAAUUUUGUCAUCAUGGACUGGGGCAGCCACUGCGGGCUCUCUGAGUGCAUCUUCUGGUUUCCCAUUUGUAGACACACCCUCGAACCCCUACUGGAAUUUCACUUCUGUAAUAUCAGAAUGCGCAACUUCGGGGUCAGUAAAAUGUAACUUACCGAGAGGGAACUUUUGCUUGCCCUGUAAAAUCCUUCCUGUAAAUUGGAUUCCGAAUUGCACUGGACCAGGUGUGGUUGGACCCAAGGAGUGGACUGCAGAUCACACGCUGGGGCUUGGCUUGAUCACCCCAGCUCACUGCUCCGGGACCACUGUGGGCUGGCAUCUGGGCUUUCUAUCUAGGCCCCCGUCUCGUCUGAGGGUGCCAUAGUGGAUGGGACUUACUUUAGCAGUGAGACAGGAGAGAGUAAAGUGCCUAACUGGCUCCUGCUUUCCUGGUCUUGGUUCAGGAGAGAGGACCCUGAGGCCACAUGACACCCCAGAGCCUGGGCCGGCUGCAGAUUCCUGGUUUGGAUGCACUGAAUGCGGCCCUGGCCACUGAACAGUUCCUGCCCACCACGGCUUUAAGAAUACCCUUCAGCCAGGAGGGAGCUCCGUUGCUUUAAGACUUGCCUGGGAACUGGGACGCCCCUCUGGCGAUCUGUCAGUGCCUGGAUCAGCCACAUCCUUUCUGGGGUGUUUUCUCACGAGACUGACAGUCCUUAAGACAAGUAUGCCGUUAAGCUGCUAAGGGAUGGAAGAAGCCAGUCUGUGCCUUGGAGUGUCCUCGGCGGCACCGGAAGCUGAGCCCCACCUGAGCGGCCCUGUCCUCAACGGCCAGUAUGCCAUGAGUCAGAAGUUGCACCAGAUCACCUCCCAGCUCAGCCAUGCCUUCCCCGAGCUGCAUCCGCGGCCCAACCCGGAGGAGAAGGCCCCCGCGCCCCUCGACGAGAAGGCCCACGUGCCCAUGACCGGCCAGCCCAUGGGCAGCCAGAUGGCGCUCCUGGCCAGCCAGCUGGGCCGGGACGUCGACACCAGCCUCAACGGGCGGGUGGACCUACAGCAGUUCCUCAACGGGCAGAACCUGGGCAUCAUGUCCCAGAUGAGCGACAUCGAGGACGACGCCCGCAAAAACCGCAAGUACCCGUGCCCCCUGUGCGGCAAGCGUUUCCGCUUCAACAGCAUCCUCUCCCUGCACAUGCGCACUCACACCGGCGAGAAGCCCUUCAAGUGCCCCUACUGCGACCACCGGGCGGCGCAGAAGGGCAACCUCAAGAUUCACCUGCGGACCCACAAGCUGGGCAACCUGGGUAAGGGGCGCGGGCGGGUGCGCGAGGAGAACCGCCUGCUGCACGAGCUGGAGGAGAGGGCCAUCCUGCGGGACAAGCAGAUGAAGAGCAGCCUGCUGCAGCCGCGGCCCGACCUGAAGCCCCUGCCGCACGCCCAGCAGGCCCCGCCGGCCCCCUGCAACCUGGCCCUGCCCGCCAACCACAGCGUGCCCGACGUGGCCCACCCGGUGCCCUCGCCCAAGCCCGCCAGCGUGCAGGAGGACGCGGUGGUCCCGGCCGCCGGCUUCCGCUGCACCUUCUGCAAGGGCAAGUUCAAGAAGCGCGAGGAGCUGGACCGCCACAUCCGCAUCCUGCACAAGCCCUACAAGUGCACGCUGUGCGACUUCGCGGCCUCGCAGGAGGAGGAGCUCAUCAGCCACGUGGAGAAGGCCCACAUCACCGCCGAGUCGGCCCAGGGCCAGGGCCCCAACGGCGGCGGCGAGCAGUCGGCCAACGAGUUCCGCUGCGAGGUGUGCGGGCAGGUGUUCAGCCAGGCGUGGUUCCUGAAGGGCCACAUGCGGAAACACAAGGACUCCUUCGAGCACUGCUGCCAGAUCUGCGGCCGGCGCUUCAAGGAACCCUGGUUCCUUAAGAACCACAUGAAGGUCCACCUCAACAAGCUGUCGGUGAAGAACAAGUCCCCCAGUGACCCCGAGGUGCCCGUGCCCAUGGGCGGCAUGUCCCAGGAGGCCCACGCCAACCUGUAUUCCCGGUACCUCUCCUGUCUGCAGGGCGGCUUCGUGGCCCCGGACAAAGCCAGCCUGAGCGAGCCCAGCCAGCUCUAUGGCAAAGGGGAGCUGCCCGUGAAGGAGAGGGAGGUCCUGGGGAAGCUGCUGUCCCCCAUCUCCAGCGUGGCCCAUGGGGUCCCCGAGGGCGACAAGCACUCCCUCCUGGGGUGCCUCAACCUCGUGCCGCCGCUGAAAUCCAGCUGCAUCGAGCGGUUGCAGGCGGCUGCCAAGGCUGCCGAGAUGGACCCCGUGAACAGCUACCAGGCUUGGCAGCUCAUGGCCAGGGGCAUGGCCAUGGAACACGGCUUCUUGUCUAAAGAGCAUCAGCUACAGCGCAACCACGAAGACACUUUGGCAAGCGCCGGAGUUAUGUUUGAUAAGGAGAAGCGGGAGUACGUGUUAGUGGGAGCAGAUGGCUCCAAGCAGAAAAUGCCUGCUGAUUUGGUUCACAGCACUAAAGUGGGCAAUCAGAGGGACCUGCCAAAUAAGCUCGACCCUUUAGAAGGCAGUCGGGAUUUUUUGUCACACGGGCUGAACCCGGCGCUCGACUAUAACCUGCAGGGUCCCGGGAGCAUGAAGGAGAAGCCCACCGAGUGCCCCGACUGCGGCCGGGUGUUCCGCACCUACCACCAGGUGGUCGUGCACUCCCGCGUCCACAAGCGGGACCGCAAGGGCGACGAGGACGGGCUGCACGUGGGCCUGGACGAGCGGCGCGGCUCGGGCAGUGACCAGGAGUCCCAGUCGGUGAGCCGCUCUACCACGCCGGGCUCCUCCAACAUCACCGAGGAGAGUGGGGCCGGCGGGGGGCUCUCCCAGACCGGGAGUGCCCAGGAGGACAGCCCGCACCCCUCCUCGCCGUCCUCCUCAGACCUCGGCGAGGAGGCUGGGAGGGCCGCCGGCGUCCAGCAGCCCGCACUGCUUCGCGACAGGAGCCUGGGCUCGGCCAUGAAGGACUGCCCGUACUGUGGGAAAACCUUCCGGACAUCCCAUCACCUAAAGGUCCACCUGCGGAUACACACAGUGUGUGUCCACACCAUAACCAGCGGGAGGAAAGGAAGUGACUUGUACCCACAAGGUGAGAAGCCCUACAAAUGCCCCCACUGUGAUUAUGCCGGCACCCAGUCAGCAUCCUUAAAAUACCACUUAGAACGACACCACCGGGAGCGGCAGAACGGAGCCGGGCCACUGUCUGGACAGCCCCCAAACCAAGACCACAGGGACGAGCUGCCCAACAAAGCUGCUUUGUUUAUCAGGCCAGACAUCCUGAGGGGGGCCUUUAAGGGUCUCCCCGGAAUCGACUUCAGAGGUGGCCCUGCCUCUCAGCAGUGGACAGCGGGAGUGCUCUCGUCCGCAGAUCACUCGGGGCAGGCCACCGGCAUGACUUCCGAGGCUCCUUCGGACACCCUGAAAGGUGCCGACCUUCCUUCCAAAAGCACCCACUUCUCCGAAAUCGGAAGAGCUUAUCAAAGUAUCGUGAACAACGGCGUGAAUUUCCACGGGUCCUUGCAAGCUUUCAUGGACAGCUUUGUCCUAAGCUCCUUGAAGAAGGAGAAGGACACGAAGGACAAAGCCCUGUCUGACCCCCCGUCCAUGAAAGUGCACGGGCCGGACGGUGGUGAGGACAAGGCGGGCGGUAAGGCGGUCGCGAGGAAGUCGGAGAAAUCUCAGUACGAACCCCUAGACUUGUCGGUGCGGCCGGACGCCGCCUCGCUCCCAGGCUCGUCGGUGACCGUGCAAGACAGCAUCGCGUGGCACGGCUGCUUGUUUUGUGCUUUCACGACAUCGUCUAUGGAGCUGAUGGCUCUUCAUCUGCAGGCCAACCACCUGGGCAAAGCGAAACGCAAAGAUAACGCCAUCGGGGUGACCCUCAAUUGCAAAGACCAAGCCCGGGAGGCCGGUAAGGUGGCCCUGCUGCCCUCGGUACAAUCAAACAAAGAGCUGGCGCUUUCCAGUGUGAUUGGGCCUCUAGAGUCUGCGUCUGAGAAGACGGCCCAAGGGCCGGUCAAGGAGACUCUGGGGGAGCAGAAGAGCGGCACGUGGCCCGGCCUGGUGGACCCCGCGUUUUGUAACUUCCCAUCAGACUUCUACAAGCAGUUUGGCGUGUACCCAGGCAUGGUCGGCUCGGGGGCCUCCAGUUCCUGCCCCAACAAGGAGCCCGAUGGGAAGGCCCACUCGGAAGAUGAUGCCCCGAUCCUGAUCCCCGAAACCGCAAACAAGAAUACUACCGACGACCUCUCCGACAUUGCCUCCUCGGAGGACAUGGACUCCUCCAAGGGAGAGAACAACGACGAGGAGGAUAUCGAGACGGAGCCGGAGAUGAUGAGCAAGCCACAGUCCGCCCUCGGCAAGGACAGCGCCGGCGACAGUGGGGAUGGCCUGUUGCCCACAGGUGCCCCUCAGCCCGUCCAGGGACUCGUGUCACCGUUGCCCCAGGCGCCCGAGAAGCAGUGGCACGGCCCGGGCCUUCUUCCAGCCCAGGACCCCUCGGCGGGCCUGCCCAAGCCAGAGCGGGGGCCCCCGGGCCUGGAGAAGCCGAUGAACAUGCUGUCGGUCCUCAGGGCCUACAGUUCUGAUGGCUUAGCAGCCUUUAACGGCCUGGCAAGUAGCACAGCAAAUUCUGGAUGUAUCAAGAGGCCAGACUUGUGUGGUCACAGGCCUUUCCAGUGCCGAUACUGUCCCUACAGUGCCUCUCAGAAGGGAAACCUGAAGACCCACGUCCUCUGUGUCCAUCGUAUGCCUUUUGACAACAGUCAGUACCCCGACCGCAGGUUCAAGCGCUCCAGAGUCGACUCGGAGGCUUCUGGGAAUUUCGAAGACCCCACAGCUGUCAAGGCGGGGAGCUCAGCAGAGCUAACAGAGGAAGGCUGCAAAGCCCAGGAGCAGCGUAACUGAGCAAACUGACCUGUAUAUUGCAAUAUUAUUUUACACAGUUUUAAGAUUAUGCAUCUGGUAAAAGAGUUUGCUAACUGCAUUCCAAGGGGAAAAAAAUCAUGUACAACUCCCCCACUAGUGUAUAGAACAUUUAAAAAAUUUAAAAAGAUAUCUAUAUAUAUAUAUAUUAAAGAAAAAAAAAAAAAAACCCCAGCCCUUGAAAAUGGCUGCUAAACUGUUACCCGGCAACAAGUCCUUCCAAACAAUGCAGGUGGAAGAGAAGUGAUUUCAGAAACGCUCGGUGUCCUCCAAGCUUGAGAAAGCUGGGGGCCCUUCCAACUCUUAAGUCGUCUUUGUCCCCAAAUCAUGCUCUUAACUGAAAAAUGAUACCAUCUAAAUGAUUUAGCGUUGCCUUGAAGACGGAGGGGCUGUGUUUUCAUUGUUGAAAACACCUCUAUAAUCUGACACCAGCUGCUGCCAGUUGCCGCCCACCCUAAUGAGAUGUGCCGAGAGGCAGCCGCGGUGCCAGUCAGACUGGAGCGGUCACUGCAGAGAAAAUCAAUUCACGUGGUGUCCCAACUGCUCGCGCGAAGAAACCCUAGACCGCCCGCAGCCAGCGCCAGGGCUGACCAGCACUGCAGAGAAUUGCCACCUUAAACGUGCAUUAAAAAAAAACAAAAACAAACAAACAAAAAAACACAGCCAAAUGAAUCAAUGGUCAGAAAUCAUCUGCAGACAAAUGCCCAUUGCAGGUUUGAGGAGUAAUUCCUUUUUUUAGAUCAAAUCGCAGUAUUGAGAGGGAAAUGCUUUUUCUUCUUGGUUGUCUGGCCUUUUUUUUUUUUUUUUUUUGGAUGAAAAAGAAGUUGCUAAUAAAAAAAACAAUUAGGGGUGCAUUAUGUAAAAUGUGGUUUAGGAAUACUAGCCAACCCUAUCCAGAGAAGGUGCUGGUGAGAAGUGGGAAUUUAUGUAAUAAUAGAAAGAUGGUUUUUUAUUAUGAUUUUAAACAUUUUACUUGAAUGAAGGCUGCUCCGGUCCUUACGAUCAGAUUUUUGUCAUGUGUUCGUUUUUGUAAGUAUCACAGACAUGAAAUGAAGCGAGAUUUUCUUCUCUGACAAGCUCUUAUGAAAUAGCUUGUAUUAAAAGACGAAUCUAAACAUCCUGCUCUCUAUCGCUAAUGAAGAAAACUGUUUGAGUUAAAAAUGUCUGUUUUUGUAAAACAAAUGUGUUCUAUAUUUUUGUAGAUUUUAGAUUUUUUACUGAUUGGAUACUCCAAAUUUAUCAAGUUCUGCACCACCCAGAGGGAGAUUUUGAGGGCCAAUAAUGAACCACUUAACUCAUUCAAAAAAAAAAAAAAAGAUUUAAGAAGACUAGUUAAGGGUUUAUUCUUGAAUCUGCUAGAAUGGCGUACGAGUUCAGCCACUUUAACAUACUUCCUUUGAGUGACACGAAAUUGGUGCUGUUGCUUGUGACGAUAGAGAAGUAUUGAAGUAUUAACUUCUUCUAAAACGAAAUCCUUCAGACUUAAACAAAAAAAAAGUCGAUAUUUCCUUGCAGGCUGGGAGCACAGAAUAAAACCCCAGGGCCUUAAAAACUUCAGCUCUGCCUACAGCAGUUUACAAAAUUUCUAAACUGCUCUCAAUGUAAAUAAAAUGCUUAGCGCUAUCCUGAGACCAGAAGGAAUCUCAGGCUAAUAAGGAAUCCGGUUUGCAUAUGCUGUAGAGAGGGUGUCAUCUACCCAAGGUUUCGGUGAAAAUGAGGUCGCUGUUCCACGUGGACCCAUCUGGCAUAGAGCAAGCUGCUUUCUUGUUUUUCUAGAAUAGUUCUCACUGCCUUACUUAAAUCGAGUUGAUAAACUUAAUGCAACUGUUUCUAUGAUCCUAGAGGAAGGACUGAAAUGUUAUUGAAAACUUUCUGACUGUAGUGAGCUUUAGGAUUUUAACUGCACUACUGUGUUUGGUGACUGUGCCAGUCGCUUGCUUUCUGUGUGUUUGCCCCGCCUUUGGUAUCUUAGCAAAGAAAAAUAUUAAAAAAAAGAAAAAAAAAGAAAAAAAAAAAGAAGAAAAAAAAGGUAAAAAGAAAAAAAAAAGAGGAAAAAAAAAGUGAAAGAAACAUGAGAGCCACAUUCCAUUUCUAGCACUUUGGGCGCUCUUUUGGUAUUCUUUUGUGUCUUCUGAGCAUCGUCAGAUGCGACAGGCAAUAAUUCUGUUUGUGACACUGGGAACACCCCUCCUCUUUGUGGCGUGUGUGUUGAUUCCAUUUUGUCCAGUGCUACCGUGUCCUUAUUUCCCCCUCUGACACAGGCCUUCUUUCCAGAACAUUUGUAACUUGUAAUACAAACAAGUGACAGCCACAGUGAUGCAGUGUCAGUUUCUGAAUGUCACCAGGUCCUCCUAUCUAAACAUGUCAAGUUUCUUCCCUGUAACUUCUGUAGUCUGUGAUGCUGGUCAUAAUACUGUCUACAUUCCUACACAAAGAAAAAAAAAAUCUAUCUUGGAGGAAAUCUGAGAUCAAUAGCGUAGAGGAUUUUGUUGCUAUGCUUGUAACAAGUAGAAAACUUUGUAUUUAAAGUUUAUUCUUGGUCAUUAUUUAUUAUUAUAAUACAUCAGUUGACAGAACUUUAUUCUGGUAUAGAAAGUAUUAAAAGUUGUUUUUUCAGCAAUGACUGUUUUCUUUCCGCUGUUAGAAUAAAAUGUCUUUGAAGCAGUCCGGUUUUAUCCAGUGUUUUACGCAAUAAAACCUCUACCUCUGGAAAAAAAAAAAUCUUUUCCUAUUCACUGAUGUUUAUUAGGAAGAGUAAAACGUGUGCUUGCAGAACUUUGCUAAGGCUUGGUCAAACCCCGCUUAUUCAUAAAAACCUCCGCAGUAUCCUGGGGGGAUGGUCCCCACAGCCUCGGGCUGUUCGAGCCCCGUGAGUAUCUCUGUGCCGUAUACACAACGUGAGUGCGUGUGUGUGUGUGAGUGUGUGCGCACACCCAUGUGCAUGUGGGAAAUACACUUCUUCAAAGGUUCGUGGAUCCUGGUUUCAGUAAGGUAAAGCCAAUGGAAAUACAAGUGCUUUUCCUAUCGCCGUAAUUAUGUAAGAUGCUGAAAGCAUUGGGAUCUAUUAUUCCCCUUUAUUGGUAGGAAGUUGUUUAAAAAAUCAUUAAAGGCAAGGAAGGCUUUUCCAGAGGAUAAUCUGAAUUCUUUGGAAGAAAAGGAAAAGAAUAGAGAACAGUAAAACCUAUGGUGUAAGGGAUACUGAUAACGCAGCCAGCCCUCUGACAGUGAUUUGAGAGGGUCUGAAGUGUGUUCCCCACACUUGAUGAGCAGAGUCGCUUUUUGAUUUGUUUUUCAUUGCUGUUGAUUUGGUGUGAAAGCCAAGCUUGCAUAAUGCGGGCUGCGGCUCUGGAGUACUGAGGGCCCAAGGAAAUGUUGCAAGCAAAAGCAUCCACCCACGUUGCGUAGGAAUUUGUAAAUCACCGUGUUUCUUUCAGGAUGCCAGACUAUUGGCCUGGCUGCAUGGGAGCCGGGGCGACUGGAAUGGAAUUUUUGACAGACCUGACUGUCCAUUGUUAUGACCAGCAAACAGCACAGGUGAGUCACGAGGUUACAGGGAAGGGUCAGGAAGUCACCCCAUCGGGGCGGGAAGGUUACAACUCCAGGUACAUGGUGGAUCCCAAACCUAAAUGCCUCCAGGGGCCAGGCAAA